GAAUAAUUGGAAAAAUCGAAACCGAAAAAAUUUUUGUAAAAAGCUCGAAAAGCCGGAGUUUUCAGGAACAAAUAAAGAAAAUGGGCGAGCAACCGAUUUUCACCUGCCAGGCUCAUGUCUUCCACAUUGACCCGAAGACGAAGCGCACAUGGAUUACAGCGAGUAUGAAAGCAGUCAAUGUGAGUUUCUUUUAUGAUUCGUCCCGUAAUCUUUACCGAAUCAUCAGUGUAGAAGGAACAAAAGCCGUCAUUAAUUCCACCAUCACGCCCAAUAUGACAUUUACUCAGACAUCUCAAAAGUUUGGACAAUGGAGUGAUGUGCGUGCAAAUACGGUUUAUGGUCUGGGAUUUGCCUCUGAGGCGGAAUUAACAAAGUUUGUUGAAAAAUUUCAAGAGGUUAAGGAGGCAACAAAAAAUGCUAUAAAGGCUGCAAAUGGCUCUACUGUCGUGACACCAACAACUUCGGCUAACACAUCACCAAUAUCUUCGCGCAUGCAGCAGAAUGAUAACACUACCAUCGAUCCGCAUACUGUGGAACCACCAAAUAUGUCCAAUACGAAUACACAAAAUGCUAAUCCGGACAGUCCAUCUCAUAAAUUGUUACCAGCAGCGGAUAGCAAACAAGAGAUGGCUGCAGGCGCCUCUCCAUCACCAGCACCCACAGCGGUAACAGUCUCCUCAAGUGGCAGUAUUGUCGGUGUGCAUACAGGCGGAAGUGCUGGCGCUACAGGUGAACAACAACUUAAAUACGAGAAUGAGCGACUUAAAAUGGCUCUUGCCCAAAGCUGUGCUAAUGCUAAGAAGUGGGAAAUCGAAUUGGCCACAUUGAAGAAUAAUAAUAUUCGCCUAACAAGCGCAUUACAGGAAUCAACGGCAAAUGUGGACGAGUGGAAACGUCAAUUGCACACUUAUAAGGAAGAGAAUAUACGACUAAAACGUGAUUUGGAUGUAAUUCGUGUCGGUGGUGGAGGUAGUGUAGUUGGUGGGGCUUCUGGUGGUGGUGAAAUAGCUGAAGACUUACGACGAGAAAUAGGUUUAUUGAAAGGUCGCAUUGAAUCACUAGAAAAUGAAUUAAUGAGUCAAGAAAUUGAAUUGAAAGCGGCAAAUAUGAGUUUAAGAGACAAGAGUCUGGAUCAUAAUCAAAUGGCGAAAUUGAGUGAGUUAAAUAUAAUAUUUUCCAAACACUUAACGGAAUUGUUUAGUGUACAAAAAGACAUGGAAAAUAUAAUUCAUCCAACUAAAAGCACUUGAGAUAAAGAUGUGGGCUAUUUUAAAAAGGUUUCAGGUGUUGAGCAACAAUUACAACAGCAAACGAUAACCAUUAAAAAAUAUGGUGCUACAAGCGGCAGCAGUGGUGCUGGUGGUGUUGGUGGUGGUGACGCAGAA